AACAGAGCAGUUGGUGUUGAGUUUCCUGCUUGUGAACAAGGGUGCUGUUCAGUUGGCAGCAGAACAGAGAAGCAAGUUCGAUACGGUCGCAAGGGGAUAUAAGGCGGCUGGUUGGUAUUGCCCCCAUGAUUCAUUCGGCUUUGAGCAACAUCACACCCCCCAACGAACCAACGGAACUUUGUUAUCUGGUUGUUUUAUUCUUAGCUUUAAGGUUGGUGGUUUCUUCCGUUCUUUGUCCCAUUGUUCAACGGCCUUUAUCUUGUCACCCCCUGGCAGACAAAGAUCUUGUCAGCGGGAUCUUCUCCGCCUUGUCAUUCCAGACAAUGGAAGAAAAACGCCACCCAGGGGCCGUUUUUCUUUGUAAUAGCUCUUGCUGGUCCAUCCCUUGAGCAGGAUUGCUGCAAAGAAAAUCAUUGCAACAACUGAGGAGGCGACUAAUGCGGAGUGUCCACCCAGCCAGCUCUGGCUUCCAUCACGCCAAAGGCUCCUCAAUUGCCCUCAACAACUCCUUCGGCAUGCUC